CAGUCGAAAAGAAAUUGUGUUUUUAUUUAUAAAAAAAAUUAAAUCUGAAAUUCCUUAAAAUGUUGAAGCCUAAGGUACUGACCCAGGUGCUUAGUCAAGCAAACACUGGUGGCGUCGGCAGUACAUUAUUAUUAAAUAACGAAGGAGCAUUGUUGGCUUAUUCUGGAUAUGGUGAUAAAGAUGCCUCUGUUGUUUCAGCCAUAGCUAGUAAUAUAUGGAUUGCUUAUACUAAAGCUGGCACACAAGGUUUAGGAGACCCCAAUCUAAAUUGUAUUUUAACAGAAUGUAAUGAAGGUAAACUUGGUAUAACUAAAGUUGCAAAUUUAUUAUUAUGCAUGUGUACAAAAGAAAGUGUUGGAUUUGGAAUGCUAAAAGCUAAGCUUGCAGCAUUGGCAGAAUAUUUACAAGAUCCUUUAUCUCAAGUAGCAUCGUCCUGAUAAACACCUUACCAGACCUUUAAAUGGUGCUGAUUUCUGUAGUUCUUAUCAUGUGAAUUAUAUAGACAUUAAGAAGAUUUUGUCGAUACCUUUUACACCCACUAUACUGAAUUUGUAAAGACUAUUGCAGCUUUUGUAGGAUUAUGGACUUCAUAUUUAUAAAGAUAGUCGUCUUAUUUUGUCUUUAAGAAGUCUACUGUGGUCUUUUGUAUACUAGUGACAUAAUGUUAUUGUCUGACUAAACAGUCUUUGUAAAGACUAUCAAUUAAACAUCUUUAGCUUAUAGUAUAUAUGAAUGUUUUCAAAAUGGAUAUUGAUUUUUUGAAUCACAUUGAAAGAAUAUGUAUAUAUUCCCCCCAUCUGGUAAAACAAAAUACAACUCAAACUAUUCAGUUCAAUUUAUUUUGUUGUUUACUUCACACAUUCUAGAUAAGGCUUUCAUUUGUAUUAAAUAAUCAAUAAUAUUGAUAUGAUCACCUAGUAUAUCAAAAAUAUUGGAUUAAAAUUUGAGAUGUAAGAAAUUAUUUCAUCAAUUCAACAAUUAACUUCUUUGUGAAUGACAUACAUUAUAUUGUUUGUUAAUAAACUUUGUUAUCAUAAACUUGUUCCUUAGCUGAGUGACUUUGGUAUCUUCAACAUCUGCUUCAAACCAACAACAUGGUUUUUUUAGUCAGCCUUUGCGAGGUCCUGAGUUCAGACUCUAAGGAAACAUCCUUUGACAAUACCAGAAAGCAUAUCAGUAUCUCCAGACAUAGCUGUAAGGAACAGGAUUACAAUUUAACACAUUAACUUGUUUUUCGCUAUGAAAUUGUAAAAUAACAACAAAUUUAUGAAUAAAAUUCAUAGAUGAACAGUUUAAGGUUUCACUCAGAUAAUGCUGGAAAAUACAUCAAAUUAAAUUAACGGAGUUUUACAUCCUGCUGAUAACGCUGUCUGCAAGUAGCAUUUGCCUACACUUUAUUUUUACAACGGUCAUGAAAUCUUUAACAUGAAAGCCUGGUACUCCCAUCCCAAUGACUAGACAGUAUUCCCAUGUAAGCCUCACAUGGUCAAAAAAUCAAUUCUGGUUCUAUAGGAUGUAUAUCUCAAGUUUCCUUGCUGUCUUGAGCACUUCAUUGUUACUCCAGUUUUUAUUUUUCACUUUGAUUCUUUCUUAAUAUUUGAUAAGGAUGUUCAGGUUGGUCAAUAUUAGUCCUAUGUAACCAUCCUUUAUAAUAUUUCAUGAAAUGUUCAAAGCCAGUCUGCAAACUUUGUAAAUUUGAAUCUUUUUCACCACUUAAACUUUCAUUUUCCAGCUUGACAAGAAGUUGUUUUCCUUUCUCAAUAUAUUUUUCAAUGUUCAUAAUCAAUGCUGUAUCUGGUUUUAGGUCUAAU